UACCCUUCCACCCUUCUCUCCUACGCAUUCGGCAUUCCGUUUCCAUCCCUGCAAUUCAUCAAUCAGCGAGUAUUCGAGAUCAACUCUGCGCCAGGCGAUUAGGGUUCCGGAGAUGAUCGAGGUGGUUUUGAACGACCGGCUGGGGAAGAAAGUUAGGGUUAAGUGCAACGAGGACGACACCAUCGGCGACCUCAAGAAGCUCGUCGCCGCCCAGACCGGCACCCGUGCCGAAAAGAUCAGGAUCCAAAAGUGGUACACCAUCUACAAGGACCACAUCACUCUCAAGGACUACGAAAUCCACGACGGCAUGGGUCUCGAACUCUACUACAGUUGAAUUUCAUCCAAUCUAUUCAAAACCUUCAAGUCUGGGUCUCGUAUGGAAAUGCAUUGGCAAGGGCUGUUCGUAUCUCAACCAGUUCCCCGGGGGGGGGGGGGGGGGGGGGGGGGGUGACGUACGUAGUAUGUAUAUUUGAUUGGUCUAAAAUAACUGUGCGGGUUGGUAAUUUCUGCUCCGUUUGUAAUCUGUGAAAAGGCUUUCUAAAGGAUAUUGACAACAUUUUUUAUUUGGUGUUCGGUUCUUGAAACGUUAUUUUGAUUUUGAAGUGCAAAUGUUUAUGCCUUUA